AUGGACUGUGGUGACUUCGUCCACGCCGGCUGCCACAACGACGGCUGCAACCCCAUCGUCCAGCUGCGAUUCCCAGGGGUUCUGCCCGUGGAGCCCUUGAAGGUGGACUACACCAGCGCGAGAGAUGUCGCAGAGCUGGAGGAAGACUUCGGGGAGCUUAUGCAGGGCAUCGAGGACUGGGAAGGUUGCGCUAGCCACGCCUGCCCUGCGUUCUACCACGCGGAGGAGAAGAAGACGCUCCAGCUCGGGACUUCGCCGCAGUCGCUCUUGGUCCCGAUAUUUCGGAACGUAACUGGGUCCAAGAUCACCAGGGACGUGACAUUCCCCCUGGACGACUUGGAGCUGAUCACAACCGAAGCCGGCGGCACGCCAACAACGACGCACUACAUGGCGGUCGCCGUCAUGCAGCACUGGGGUCCCCACUGCACCAGCGGCCACAACGUGACCCUCGUGCGGAAGGACUCGAAUGCAGGGUCCGACUGGUGGCUGUGCAACGACGAGGACAUCCUCUCGGUCUCGUCCGCUUGUGUCGCUCGGAACGCCGUGGCGGUGUUGUACCGCCGGGUGCCAGAUUCCUAG